UUCUCACUUAUGUCCUCAUUAAAAAAUGUCCUUCAUUUUCAAGCUGGGCUUGGAGUCCUAGCCAACAUGCUUCUCCUUUUUUUCUAUACUUUCAUAAUCCUAGGUCACAGACCUAAGCCCACAGACCUGAUGUCUUGUCAACUGUCCUUCGUUCACAUAAUGAUGACCAUUACUGGAGGGGAUAUUUGGCUUAUAGACAUAUUUGAGUCACUGAACAUUGAGGAUGACCUCAAAUGUAAGGCAACUUUUUACACAAUCAGGGUGCUGAGAGGCCUCUCUAUCUGCAUCACCUGCCUCCUGAGUGUGUUCCAGGCUGUCACUAUCAGUCCCAGUAACUCCUUGUUGGCAAAAUUUAAACCUAAGCUAAAAGAACACAUGAUCCGUUCUUUCUUCUGUAUUUGGUCUUUCAAUUUGUCCUUCAGUAGUACCCUAAUAUUCUAUGUUGGUGCUUAUACCAACAUGAAUGCAACCAACCAGAUGAAGGUCACUAAAUACUGCUCACUGUUCCCCAUGAAUUACAUCAUCAGAGGAUUGAUUCUCACAGUGAUAACCUACAGAGAUGUGUUUCUUGUAGGAGUCAUGCUGACCACAAGUGCAUACAUGGUGAUUAUCCUGUUCAGACAUCAGAGGCAAUACAAGCAUCUUCAUAGCAUCAGCCACCUGAGAGUGUCCCCUGAGAAAAGGGCCACCCAGACCAUCUUGCUUCUGGUGGUUUUCUUUGUGAUCAUAUACUGGGUGGACUUCAUCAUCUCAACUACCUCAUUCCAAUUAUGGAAGUAUGACCCAUUCAUCCUGACUGUUCAGAAGUUUGUGAUAAAUGCCUAUCCCACCAUAACUCCUUUGGUACAAAUCAGUUCUGAUAAGAGACUAAUCGAUGUGCUUAAAAUCUUGCGAUCUAAAGGCCAGCAGAUGUUUUAA